AUGGAUGUUAAUGUCGGAUCUCUCAUGGAUCCAUGGGAGUUCCAAGGGCUGGCGCACUUCUGCGAGCACAUGCUGUUUCUUGGUACUGAAAAAUAUCCCAAGGAAAACGACUUUGACAGAUUUAUUGCCGAGAACGGUGGACACCAGAACGCUGGAACAGGCUCCGAUCAAACAAAUUACCAUUUUGAAAUGAAGCCGGACGAAUUGAAGGGAGCUCUCGACCGCUAUUGCCGCCAGGCUCUUCGUGGCUCCGAAAUUCACCGAAAGUGCAACCGAAAGAGAGCUGUUGACUCGGAAUACUCGCAACAUCUCAAUACCGACGAUUUUCGAGUAGGUGAAGUAAAGCGAUAUCUUUCGAAGCCAGGACACGAUUGUGGAAAAUUUACUAUAGGCAAUAAGAAAACACUACUGGACGAUCCGCAGAAGAAGGGAGUGAACCCUCAUGACGCCUUACUUAAAUUUCACAAGCAGUGGUACAGCUCCAACAUUAUGUCGUUAUGUAUUGUUGACUCGAAACCACUGGACGCCAUGGAGUCGACCUUGGGAGAUUUGGACUUUGGAGCGAUUCCAAACAAGGGUGUGGAACGGAAAGAGUGGUUGGAAAGUCCAUACGGCAAGGAGCAACUGCGUAAACGUAUUGAG